AACGCCCAUAAACAACGGAUACUACGGAGGGACAAGAGACAUUUCCAACGAUCGUUCACCUUUAGCAGCUGUCCUUUAGCUUUAACAUGGCUUCGUUUAUGAUCAAACCUGCUUACUUCCGUUGUGUUGUCAGGACAGGCAGGCUCAUGAACGAGCAUCGGACAACAGACACGUUGUAUCCAGGCAGAAGUUAUGCCACUGAAGGAGACAACAGGGUACCUAAAAUAUACACCAAAACUGGAGACAAAGGUUUCUCGAGCACAUUUACAGGAGAGAGGAGACCAAAAGAAGAUCAUAUUUUUGAAGCCUUAGGAAAUACAGAUGAGCUGUCAUCAGCGAUAGGCUUGGCCAGAGAAUUUUGCCUGGACAAAGGUCAUACGUUCACAUAUCAGCUGGACAAGAUACAGUGCAUUUUACAAGAUGUGGGCUCCAAUAUAGCCACUCCUCGAUCAACUGCAAGAGAAAGUCACAUAAAGAAAACUACAUUUACUGCACAGCCAAUUGCAGACCUGGAAAACUGGAUUGAUAAAUUCACAGAAGAACUCCCUCCACUGACCAACUUUAUUUUACCUUCAGGAGGGAAGGGCAGCGCAGCUUUGCACUUGGCUCGGACAGUGUGUCGGAGAGCAGAACGCAGCGUUGCUCCAAUUGUGCGAACUGGUGAGGCUGAUCCAGAUGUUGCAAAGUUUUUGAACAGAUUAAGCGACUACUUGUUCACCGCGGCCAGAUAUGCAGCAACGAAAGAAGGCAAAGAGGAGAAAAUCUACAACAGAGCCGAAUGACCAGAUACCACAUGAAGAAUAAGACACGGACUUAAUUUGUUUUUGGGGAUGCUUGGUUUGCAGAGAUUUUCACAUUUAUUGUAAAUAUAUCAAUAAAUAUGUGGUCCAAAA